CGUACAGCGCUGCCAACAUUGAUAAACGCCCACCAUCUUUGGGCAGCUGAUAUUUGUGUUAUUGAGCAAGUUUUAUAUAUUCCUAUCGAAAUCAUCCCGAAAUGGGUGCGUCAUUUCUUCCCAUCACCGUUUUUACAGUAUUAUGGGGUGUGGUGGGUAUCGUGUGCCCGUUCUUUGCUCCCAAGGGCCCUAACAGAGGGAUCAUCCAAGUGGUGUUGAUGUUAACCGCAGCUACGUGCUGGUUAUUCUGGCUGUGUGCAUACAUGGCACAGAUGAAUCCAUUGAUUGGGCCUAGACUUAGCAACGAUACUCUUAUUUGGAUUGCACGCACUUGGGGUCAACCGUAUACAGUAUAAGAAGAUCAACGUGUAAACGUCAAAUGUCAAACGUCAAAAUGUAAUUUAUUGAAUGUAAUUUGUGGCGAAUGAAAAGAAUAAUAAUAAUUUAUGUUUACAAAUAUCACCUGUUUAUUGAAUUUUAACUUUUUUGCUUCAUUCCGAAUAGAAUUAAGUGUUUCUGUAGAUAACCUAAUAAAUAUAUAAAGUUGUA